AUGCAAGAUUAUCUUUCCACUGAACUUACAGCCACAUGUGCUGCACUUGGUUAUUAUGAUGGAUCUAAAUAUCAUGUAGAUAAACAUUGUUUAGAUGUUAUAAAGGAUCUUAUUAAGUACUUGAGAAGAGACAAUGACUCUCAUGUUGUGCGUCAGUUUCUUGGUCAAACAAAAUUACUACAAACUGAUCUUGUAAAAAUUUUCAUUGAUCAUUCUGACAAACUUGAACUUUGGGAUGUAUUGCUAAGGUUAGUUAUUAAUAUAACAAGCCCAGUUUUGAUCAUUUACAAUGAGCAGAUUCCUAAUGAAAGAUCAGAAUACGCUAUAUAUCAAAAACUGGUUGCAUAUACACAAGCAUAUAAAGUAGCAUUAACCGAUGAUCGUAUAUGGGCAGUAUUAAGUAAUCGCUUAAGUAAAAUUCUUAAACUAGAGACUGCAGAAAGGGGGGAAGAAAAAGAAAUGAUUAUUGAAAGAAUUCUUAUUUUUAUUCGAAAUGUCUUACAAAUUCCUCCUGACGAAAAUGAGAAUCGUGUUGAUAAUGAUGUCACAAUUCAUGAUGAGGUUUUAUUUGCGCUUAAUGCAUCAGGGGUUGUUGAUUUGUUACUCUUUAUUGCUAGUAACAGAAGCGAACAACAGUAUCAUUUGCAAGUUUUAGAGAUUGUAUCGUUAAUGCUUCGCGAUCAAAAUGCAAGUCAGUUAGCAAAAUCUGGUUUGCAACGUAGUGUAACUGAAAAAGAAAAGGAUGAAGCAACACUUUUAUCUGCUCGUCUCAAAGAGAAAGAAAGGAAGACGGAGAAAAUAAGAAAGUAUGCAGGUGCAAGACAUUCUCAUUUCGGUGGAACUUACGUCGUGCAAAAUAUGAAAGCCAUUGGAGAGAAUCAGCUGCUGUGUCACAAGCCGUAUCAGAAAGUCGAGGCGUUGAACUUCAGCCAGGAUAAGAAAAAAGUUUCGAAACCAAAGAACAAGCGUCCCAUGUCAGAUCCAAGGAAUGAACGCACCUCUGCAUUGAGCGUAAGGCUAUUCCUGAAAGAAUUUUGCAUGGAAUUCUUGAACGCUGCUUAUAACCCCGUAAUGAAAUACGCGAGGUCCUGUAUGAUUGCCGCAGCACAGGGCGAACAAUCUGAAGCAACUUGCUAUCUAUGGUCUCUGCGCUUCUUCAUGGAUUUCAAUCGCCAUUACAAGUUCGACGUAAAAUAUGUGAGCGAAACAAUAUCCACGGAAAUAUUUCAUUUGGUGCAAAGACAAAUGGAGUUUUAUAACGAGAUGAUAGUUACCGACAAAAAGAAAAUUCCUGUUUGGUCUCGUAGAUUACAUUUGGGAUUAAAGGCGUACCAGGAACUUCUGUAUACUUUAAUGGCAAUGGAUCAAAGUGCAGAUCGUGGAGUUAGGGAAUCCAGUAAGGUUAUUAAGAGUAACGUGUUUUAUGUUCCGGAAUAUCGGGAAACGAUUCUUUCUCAGCUUCUCGCCUUCGAUGAGGUUAAAAUGUCUCGACAGUAUUUGAUCGAUCUGGUUACAACGGUACACGUUUUCCUGAAAUUGUUGAGUAAUUAUUGCGGAAGAAAUACUCGCAAUAUUAUGGUCCAAGAAGUGAAGCGUAAACGACAAAAGGGUGGUACAAGGAAGAAAAAAACUGCGCAGAAAGAGCAACUACCAGCUCGAAGUCUAGAGGAACGUUGGGACGAAAUUAGUCCCCAACUGUCUGUUGUAAUGAAGGAAGGAACGAUACCGGAAGUAGUACCAUUCGACGCAACGUUGGACGUACCUAUAGAUGAUCAAAAAGUUGAUGCGAUGAAGAAGAUCCAAAAACUACUGCGAUCCAAGUUACUCGAACAAGCUGUUGGCCUCAUCCGUGCAGCAAGAGAAGUCUGGCCCGAAAACGACUGUUUUGGAAGCGCUGUUAUUACACCGGAGGAGGAAUUUCUGGCACUACGUGAAGUCUUCUUCGCCGACUUGGGUGGUGAGUAG